GACGUGUACAAAGGGGACGCGUCCAUAAGCAUAAGCAACCCCACCACCAGGGACAACGGGACCUUCAGCUGCGCCGUGAAGAAUCCCCCAGACGUGCACCAUAACAUUCCCGCAACGGAGCUCACCGUCACAGAGAGGGAAAAGUGUGAGUGCAAAAGUGAGACCCAUUUCAUGUCAAAGGAACAUGUCUGCAGGGCCUCCUCUGCCUGCUCCUCCCGCAGGCUUCGGCACCAUGCUGUCCUCCGUGGCCCUCCUCUCCAUCCUCGUCUUCGUCCCCUCGGCGGUGGUGGUGGCUCUGCUGCUGGUGAGAAUGGUGAGGAAGUCUGCGGGGCUGAGGAAGAGGAGCAAGUCCGGCUACAAGAAGUCGUCCAUCGAGGUUUCAGAUGAGACUCAGACUAUGAGGACACGUACUGAGGGAAGUUUGCAGAACGUCAGGAGAAUCACCGAAUCACUGAGAAGUAUCGCCCCCGGCACGGAAGCCCUGGGAGGAGUGGAGCCGGCCGGACGGUCGGGACGGAGGGCUCUGGAACCCAUCAGUAAAGACUUUAGGAACCAGUUACCGAUUGGCGAUUCCUGUUGUAUGUAUGAACUGCUCAGACACUUGCAGAAGAGACUCCUAACGACCCCUUAGUCACACAUCCUCUAAUCGAAUGAAGGAGCCCUUUUCCUGAGGAGAGAGACUUUAUUUCGCCGUGCUCUUGAUGUAUUACACCUUCUCUUUCUGUUAUUUGAGGGAGAGCCCUACCUGUUAGCCACACUGCUGAUGCCGGAGCCUUUUAUUUGGAAGGAAAUGGAGCCCCGGGGUUCCUGAUGUGCUGGCGGACGGGACGCGUUGGGGAUAAGCGUUCUCUGGUUUUGCUCCGGGAACAUUUUCAGCUGUGAGUGAGCACACGGCCUGCCCUCGCCGCUCAGCGACGCAUCGGCAGUUACGUGGGCGACGUGGCGUGGACGGCAUCUGCCUCCAUGGUGGUCGCACCAGGAGCCACGCUCUGACCCGGCUCCCCAGCGAAGUAAAGGGACAGGGACGGCGAGGCAGAGGGAGGCCUUCCUUUUGUCCUGCCGGGCGCAGUUUGUCAUUUCACUCUCUUACCGCUGGCUUCCUUCUUGACUUUUAAGAUCCGAGGCAAGAAAAACCCUUCAGCAGAUUCUGCGGGACUGUAUAGAGUAAUUUUACCGGUUAUUUACAAUGAAAUAUUCUUUUAACCCGUG